AUGAGAGGAACUGCAGAAUCAAAGCUGUUUGAGAAGAUGUUGCAGGAAUCCAACUCCCCUGAGCACCUACGGUCACAUUACAAACGGUACAUGAACGCACAGAAGAGGGUAAAAGAGUUUGAAAAGCCUCUAUUUGACAACAUUUUUGCUCAAGAGAAGAAACCCACUCAGUCGCAUAUGAAUUGAGUCAAUAUAGUGAAUAAUGAAAUAGACUUUCACAAGAAAUUUACGAAAUCUAAAAUUAAUGGGAUGAGAAAAAGCGUCCUUAGUAUUAGAGGCACAGAGAUUAUGCCCAAAGCAGACAGAGCAAUGAGGAAGUCAGGCUAUAAUGAAAUUGUGAGACCAAGAAAUAUGGGUUUGGGAACUCAUGACCAGAGUAGAGCUAUUCCUGAGAUUCAAACCAAAACACCAAUUCCUUUGAUGUGAGAUAAUGAAAAAUCAGAUUCAGAAAUUUCUGGGUAUAAGCCAGACAACAAAUUCGAGAAGAUUGCCAAGCCUCCUGUGAGAUUAAAAUAA